UGUUGCCACCGCUGGAUCACAGGCGAAUCAGAAAAUCAAUUAAGUUAUGAAAAAUACCAUUAAUUGCCUUUCUUUGUCACCGCAGCUCAUGAAGAAAUGGCGGAUCUUCAGAUGUCGGAUGUCUGAGGAAAAAUACUUCCCACCUAAUGGAGAGUUUACCAACGAUAAAAACCUUUACAAUCGACCGGAAUAUUUACGUUUUAUAGAUGAGAAUGAGCUGAUGGUUGUGGAAGUCUGCAACAAGACGUUGGAACAAACGGAGAGGCUGAGUGGAAGAUGCCAAGAAAAAAACAACAGAAUCCACAGCCUGUGAAGUUGGAUUCUGAAGAUGGUGUAGCCGUUGAAGCUCCUGAAAAUCUCCCCUUAGACACCGACUUCCUUCUAGGACACGACCUUGACUUUGGUGAUCCUGAUCAUGCCAAGAUUCUAGGCCUGGAAAAGUUUGCAGAAGUAGCUGCUGAAAUUGGUUUCUCCGUGUGUCCCCUGGCUGAUGAGGAGAGUUCUACCUACAGCCGGCUCAGUAUGGAAAGCGAAACAGACAACUCAUGUAGUACAACUGACAAUGGAAGGGAAGACGAGGGCAGAGCAGCCCAGUCUGAGCCCAGUUUUCCUCCUUACCUGUCCUGCAGGGGCUGCGGACAGCUUCGCGAUGAACCUCUUGGACCUGGCAUAGACCUAGUUGGUCCGUACUGCCUUAGGUGUUGCAAAGCCUCACGGGAAGCCAAAAGUACAGACUUCUGUUCACCUUUUGGGAGCACAUGUGGGGUUCGUUCAGGUUCGCAGAUUUGUGCCGAUUCACAGAUUGAUUGUGAAGACCUGGGAAACGGAGUGGGUGAGAAGACAUUGCCAGCUGAGGACAAAUCAGCCAAACAGCACUCGUGUCACCUCUGUGGCUUCUCCUCACGUUAUGCCAACCAUGUGAAGCGUCACAUGAAGACACACAAUGGGGAAAAGCCCUUUAAUUGUCCCUUGUGCACUUAUGCAUCAGCCCAGCUGGUGAACCUGCAGAGACACCUGCGCAUUCACACAGGGGAAAAACCCUACAAAUGUGAAAGCUGCACUUUUGCCUGCAGUUCCCUUGGUAACCUGAAGAGGCACCAGCGCAUGCAUGUACCUUCUGUUGGGGUGGGACCGGAGACCUCGCCACAACCUUCCAGUGGCCAAAACAGUGUGAGGAGGCCUGUGAGCGGGCAAAGACCAAAUGAGGAAGUGUCUGUUGCUUCAGUCUCAGAAAUUACAAGGCCGACAUCCAACCUCAGCUUGGGAGCCCAGAACAGUGACUACCUAUCAGCCUUUGAUGACUUAAAGGGAGCAUCGCCACCACCCAUACCUGCCUCAAAUCCAGCUCCUGGACACCCUCCACCACUGCUGGAGAUGUCAGGCAGCAGUAGCAGCAGAGCCACCAGAGGGGGUGUAACAGAUGGCGCUGCCCUCCCUCCGUCACUUUUUCCUUUUACUUGUCGUCUGUGCGGCAUCGUCCUAGAAGAUGAGGACGGUUCCUCCGCCCAGAUUUGUGCCAAGUGUACCCUUGAAAUGCUGACUAAAGACUCAUCAUCAUCUCCCAACAGCCCUGGUGAGCAUAGUGACAAGGUUUACACUUGUGCAGCCUGCCCUUUCCUCACACACUAUCCUAACCACCUGGCACGCCACAUGAAAACUCACAGCGGUGAGAAACCAUACAAAUGCCCACAGUGCGAGUAUGCUUCAGCACACUUUGACAACCUCAAGCGCCACCACAGAGUGCACACGGGAGAGAAACCUUACAAGUGCCAUUUGUGCGAUUACGCGUGCGGGAACUUGGCCAACCUAAAGCGGCAUCAGCGAGUGCACUCUGGCGCGAAGCCUUUCCAGUGUGCCGUCUGCAGUUACAGCUGCAACCAGAGCAUGAACCUGAAGCGGCACAUGCUUCGACACACUGGUGAAAAGCCGUACAAAUGCCAGGAGUGCGGCUACACCACCGGACACUGGGACAACUAUAAAAGACACCAGAAGAAACACGGCCUGGCCACAGAUGGCUGGGUGAAAGUUCCAAUGACUGGAAAUGAUGAAGAGGAGAACGUGAGGAAAGGGAUGGGAACCGGUGUUCAAACUCACCGAAAAGAAGCAGGCGUUGAUAUGCAGUAUAUGCCAAGGGAAGGGGGUCAGGCAAUACACCCGUGCUACAAACUUGAGAUUGCAUAAAUUAUAACUGAGCAAAUCUAAGCUACCAGCAACAUGUUUUUUUUGUUUUGUUUUUUCACAGAGCCUUUAUAUAGUUUUAAAGUGUGUUGGUCUUUUAGUGUUAUGUCAGAUUUCUUCUGAGGCUGCUAAUUGUUCAUAUGUAUUAUCUCGCACAAAUAAGAAAACCUUGUUCUGAAAAUUUUGAUGCCUUUUGAAGGUUCAUUGAAGUGGAUAAGUUUGUCUUUUACUCUGUUUUAUUUGUCAGGAAAAACACAUUUGAUCUCCAUUGUCAGAUUGUCAAAACUGAAAUAUGCCUGAUUAAUAACAUUUUACUCUCACACUAUAUGUCAGAUUUUCAUUCCAGAAAGGAAGACGCUGCCAAAAAAAAUCUGAAUUUUGAUGGAACUAAUGUAUACAUUUGUCUGCACUGUUAAAGCUGCACUGUUUAGAUUAGCUUCAUUUUCAAAUACAACAAUGAGAAAUAUUUGAGUUUUUAGUUGCACAAGUCAGUCUAUAAUCUUUUUUUUUUUUUUUUGUACUAACAAAAUAAUUGUUCACACAUCCAACAAAUUUAUCAAUUUGCCUGUAAUGUUCUUUAUUGGUUACUUUAAAUACAGUUUUUUUUGACUACACAAUGCAGCUUUAAACAGAGUUUGUAUGACAGAGCCGUAUUUUGCUCUGUCAAGUUCUGGUAAUGCCUUUCGAUUAAUGUAUGCAUUACAAAAGUGAUGUUUAAUAGUACUGGAGUUCUUUUUAAACUUGUUAAAAUUAUUAAUAAAUGAAUCAACCUUACCUUCAUUUAAAAAACCGUCUGUGUUUAAACCAUAUUGUCAUUUUUGUCAAACUACUCAGAACGCUAAAUUCUUGAUUUGUAAUGGUUAAAUGUUGGAAAAGAAAUGGUUUCUAGUUAUUUUCAACACUAAAAUUGCAUGCAAAAGCAAGUUUGAGCUGUCUGCAGUCCUUUGGUUAAAAAAAAGCACAGUCCUGCACAGCUGUAUGUUGGCAGGUUUAGGUAUAAAAACAAGUAAAAAAACAGACUUUUUUUGUGAUUCAGGAGUGACUAAAUGUCUGUAAUGAAGUAUCCUUACAUAAACUUGUACUUGCCACAUAUUUUUAGUUUUGCAUCUUAAAUACCCUUUGAGGCUUUUUGAAGCCUUUUAAAGGGAGACUGUUGAACCAUGUCUGUUUUAUUCCUGUUUACUGUGAAAUGGAGAAAAAAAGGUGACACUAUUAGCAUGUGAGUGUGUAAUGGUUGUUUUUUUGUUGUUUUUCUUUUCUUUCUUUCUAUCAAAUGUGGCUGUAAUACACUGCUAAGAUUGCAUUUUACUUUCAGUGUGUGAAGUGUCAUUUAGUCACCAUGAUGAGAAAAAUAACCGAUCUAAAUUUACUCUUUGUGAAAGAAUAUUAUAUGCAAGUUAGACAUUUUCCAGGUCGCCAACUUGCUGUCACCAUGGAGCAUCCAUCCCACAGAUUGGUACAGCCAUUCUGCAAGUUGCCAUUUGUGUCUUUAUGCAGUUUCUCAUAAAUGCCUUAAGUGAGGAGGUUGAAAUAAACACAUGGAAUUGAUUUCA